AUGUCGUCGGAGGUAUCAUUUGAAACUCCUUACGACGUCUCCGCUCUUCUCACGCAGAUCGCAUCCAACGGCGGUGAUCUGCUGAAAGGCGGUGAAGAAGCACGUCGGGCAUGUCUGAUUGCCGCACGCAAGCUUCAAUUUGCGCUCGAGAAGCCCACCGAGUCUAUCUUGCGAGCCCGCGUUGCAGAGCCAGCUCAUCAUGCUGCUUUACGCAUUGCUGUCGACUUGGGUCUCUUCCAGAAGAUGGCCGAGAGCGGGGAGAAAAUCACGAGUGUCACGCAUUUAGCUGCAUUGACGGACGCUGAUGUUGUGCUUUUGGCGCGCUUGAUGAAGCAUCUUGCCUCGAUGGGAACGUUGUACGAGGGCGAGAUCGCUGGUACUUAUUCCUUGACACCCCUUUCUAAGGCUCUCUCCCAGCACAAGAAGUUCCAAGAGGCCAUUCCUUUAAGCUUCAACGUCAUCGGCCCCUCCUUCGCCGCGCUCCCCGAAUACCUCCAAAAGACCUCCUACAAGAAUCCGCACGAAGACCUCUCCCAGACCCGCUACAGCAAGGACCACAACCGAUACUGCGGCCCUUUCCAAUUCGCGCACAACACGCCCAACGAUUUCUGGGAAUGGAUUGCCUACCGUCCAGAACGCGUGUGUCCUUUUAACAACCAGAUGAACGAUCGGGUAACCGGACUGUCGAGCUGGGAUGAUACGCAGCUGCGUCCUUUGGAGGAGAAGCUGGGAAAGGAGGCGGGUGAUCAGGAUGUGCCGGUGCUGAUUGUGGAUGUGGGUGGAGGGAAGGGACGCGAUUUGAAGGCGUUUCAUGAGAAAUUCUCUACGCUGCCUGGACAGCUUGUACUGCAGGAUCGAGCGAGUGUGCUGGAUGAUGAAGAGGUGAAAGGGUUGGAUGACAAGAUCAAGGUCAUGGAGCAUGACUUCUUCACUCCACAGCCCAUCAAAGGCGCACGAGCAUACUACCUUCACUCCGUCCUCUACGACUGGUCCGACGAGAAGUGCGCCGACAUCGUCGCCAACCUCAAGCCUGCCAUGACCAAAGGCUACAGCCAGCUACUCAUCACCGAGCAUGUCAUCCCCGACUAUGGCGCGAACUGGAUCAGCACCACGCUCGAUAUGAUCAUGAUGUGCUGCUUUGCGGGUGCCGAGCGUACAGUCCGGGACUGGGAGACGUUGCUGGGGAAUGCUGGAUUCAAGAUCACGGGCAUCAAAGGGUGUGAGCCGGGUACUGAGAGUUUGAUUGAGGCGGAGUUGGUUUGA